AUGACUGCCUUCAACUUUACCCAUGUGAGGCCUUCCUUCUUCAUCCUAAAGGGCAUUCCUGGAUUGGAGGAUACCCAUAUUUGGAUAUCAAUACCAUUCUCUACUAUGUAUUUCAUCACUGUUCUAGGUAACUGCACCAUCCUUUUCAUUAUCACCACAGAGCGCACACUGCACAAGCCCAUGUUCCUGCUCCUUUGCAUGCUAGCCCUCACUGAUCUGGGCAUGUCCACUACGACCAUUCCCAAAGCUCUGUGCAUUUUCUGGUUUAAUCAAAGAGAGAUCACCUUCGAGGGAUGUUUGACCCAGCUGUUCUUCAUCCAUUCCAUUUCAGCCCUGCAAUCAGCAGUUUUGAUGACCAUGGCUUUUGAUCGUUAUGUGGCAAUCUGUGAGCCACUGCGCUAUGCCACCAUCCUCUCCAAUGGCCGCAUAGGUCUCAUUGGGUUGGUCAGUUUAGUGAGAGCCAUAAUUUUUAUCCUCCCAAUGCCUGUUCUUCUCCAACACAUGCCAUUUUGUACAAGCCGGGUGAUCCCCACAACCUACUGUGAACACAUGGCGGUGGUGAAAAUGGUGUGUGCAGACACCACUAUCAACCGUAUGUAUGGCCUUGUGGUCGCCUUAGUGGUCAUUGGUCUGGACCUCUCUGCCAUUGGCUCAUCCUAUGUGUUUAUCAUCCGGGCAGUGAUGCGACUUUCCUCCAAGGAAGCUCACCACAAGGCAGUCAACACCUGCACUACACACAUCUGUGUGAUGCUCACAUCUUAUACACCUCCACUUUUUUCCUUCCUUGCACAUCGGUUUGGUCGGGGCAUCCCACCCCAUAUUCACAUCAUCCUUGGCAACCUUUACUUUCUCGUGCCUCCCAUGCUCAACCCCAUCAUUUAUGGAGUAAAGACUAAGGAAUUUCGGGACAAAGUAACCAAAUAUUGUUGCUGGAAGAAGGAGCCCAUCACCAUAGCUCCUGAUCAGAAGCCUGUCUGA